CGGAAAGAAAUGCUAUCGAAAUUUUAGCCAUAAACUUAUGGUUGAGAUUUCUGGUUGAAUUGGCUAUACAGUCUAUCAAAUUGGUAGGUAAGUUAGGUUAUAUUAGCCAAGUGAAGUCUGAUUCAGACAUAUUGCUCUUUGGAAGUACUAUUCGUUUGGUUGGAUUACCCAAACUGUAUGGCAGUAACAGUUCCAUGUUAAUUCAGUUAUACGAUAUGACAGAAACAGCAAGAAUUAUGGCAGUAAUUACGAAAAAUUUCUUUCAGUGUAAGGCACUAUUUCUACGUAACGGCCGAAAUUUUAGGUCGAAAUCAGUCUGAAAUUUUAACCAGUGAUAUCAAGUCAUCAAAAAAUUGGUUGUAAAUUAAUUUUCUGGACCUGAUACAUUAGGUUUAUUAAAAAAAUAAAUUUAUUUCAGUUACAAUAGCUGUUGGUACGAAAUGCCAAUUUCAAUAAAGAAAUCCCUACUAUUUGUUUUGGUUAGAACCUCGAAUCUAUGCACGAUUAAAAUAUGGAAAUUUUACGUAUUAUCAAUGCAAACAUUCGCCUCGGUGAGAAUUAUUAUCUAUGCUUAUGAUAAACAAUUUUUUCCUGUGUCUAUAUAAAGGUUGCAACUAUUUGCAUCUAUUUACUGUUACUUUAAAUGAAAAUAAUUUUAUUUCUAUUUUUUGGUUGUCCAAACAACAGUUUCCAUAUGUAUGCUGUUACUGUCCCUUCGAUAAUUAACAGAAAGAUGAAACAAUUACUAUUCACAAUAUUUAGCCUUAGUACAGAAGUAGAAGAAGGAUCACUACUGAAAAUUUGUAGUAAACUAAAUAUAAUGCCUUAUUUGUCUCACCAAAUAAAGAAAAAAAAUUUACUUAACGAUUUUUAGUUACUGACUUUUAAUUUCUGAUUUACGCCUCCACUAAAUGCAAGAAAUAAUGUAGAAGCUAUCUACAACGGAGACGAAUUUUAAAUGUGUUUUAUUAAUCAUUUAUCACAAAUUCCCUGUAAACGAUUUGUAUUCCUUUUAUUUAUGCAAGAGUGAAGUGACAAUUUGUAAGGAUACCAAGAAAAUAGAUGAAACAGCGACUAUACUAUAAUUGCAGCAAUUAUUUCACGCUUUACGAAGAAUUUUUAAGUAUCAUGAUAUAUAUUUUAUAUUCUAUAGUCUCUGGGUGAACUCCAACGUUCAGUGUAUUAUCGACAGUUUACAAACUAUGGAGCUCGAUAAUUAUUUCUAUAGAAUUAACCAAGUUCUAUUAUCUGCCUGUGGAUUUUGGCCUCAACAAUCAAAACGAGAGAAAACUAUUCGUAGAUUUAUUUUCUUCAUUAUUGAUUUAAGCAAUUUUCCACCUCUGAUUGUAUAUGCAUGUUAUAACUGGAGAGAUGCGGAUGCAUUGGCUGUAUGUUUUGCAUUUAUAACUAGUUACAGUCUUGGUGUAACCAAAAUAUCAAACAACAUUAUUCAGGACAAAAAGAUACAAUAUCUUUUCAAACAAAUUAAAUAUCAUUGGAAUGUUUGGUCUUCUGAGCCACAAGUGAAAUUAAUUCAACAGUUUGCUAACCAAGCAAGAAGCUACAAUUUUAUGUACACAGUUGCAGUUUGUGCUUCAGCUUCAUCUUAUACAGUUAUAACAGUUGUUCCAGAAAUUUAUUAUUUACUUGCACAAUGUACUAAUGUAACAAGAGAUCCAAGUAUUUUUGCAGAAGAAUUUGGAAUUGACAGUGAAAAAUACUUUCAUUGGAUUUUGGCUUAUAGCGUUAUCAGUGUGUGGGUGAAUUCUAUAAUUUAUGUUACAGCUGACAUAAUGUAUUUGACGUUGGUUCAACAUGCCUGUGGAAUACUAUGCGCUGUUGGCAAUCGGUUUGAGGAUGUCAAUCUAUUGUACCGUAAUCAGACAGCGAAGAAUCUUAAUUUUCUAAUAUUUAAAGAUUUAUUAUUCUGUAUUCAGCAACACAACAUUGCCUUAAAAUUUGCAAAUAUAUUAAAUGAAGUUUACUCAUUGUACUUUCUUUGUACAGUAGGAUUAAAUGCUGCGAGUUUAGUUUUUGUAGCAUCUCAGACAGUAAUUCAUUUAGAUAAAUUCGAUAAUGUAGUAAAGUUCGGAAAUUAUGGUCUGCUCAUUAUAUGUCUUCUUUUUUUAAGUAGUUUUCCUGCUCAGAAACUAAUGGAUCAAAGUUCUACAAUUUCACAAAACAUUUACAACACCUAUUGGUACGAAAUGCCAAUUUCAAUAAAAAAAUCCCUUUUUUUUGUGUUGGUGAGAACAUCGAAUUUAUGCACCAUUAAAAUAUGGAAAUUUUACGUAUUAUCAUUGCAAACAUUUGCCUCGAUUCUACAAACAACAAUCUCCGUAUGUAUGUUGUUACUUUCUGUCCGAUAAAUCAUAAAAUUUAAAUCAAUUGCCUUUUAAUUCGCAAUGGAUAUUAG